AUGGCGGCUACAUCGUAUGCCUACCGUGGCCUCGAGGCCGUCGAAAAGAAAGAUUGGGCCGCUGCCGUUCCCCUUCUCGACAAGGCGCUGGAGGGUUCAAACUCCCCUCUUUGGCUGUUGGCCCGCUCGCACGCCCACCUCGAACUUAAGAACUAUGAGGAUGCCCUCCGCGAUGCCGAACUUGCGUACCACGUUGCUGCCGAGAGAGGAUCUGGGAGAAAGCAAAUGAUCGACGCCCAGUAUCGCCGUGCUACCAUUUACCACAGACUUAAGCAAUAUGCCGACUCGGACUGCUGUGCCAAAUGGAGCAUGCUCUUGGCAGAGGGUCGCCCAGCUCGUGAGGAUGACGGGGUUGAGAAGAACGUUGAUGCCGACGGGUACUACACGGUUACAUACGAGGAUGCGGUUGCCGAUAACGCGAACCAGCCGGAUUACUCCAUGAGGGAGAGCUUGAAAGAUCCAGGCGUGAAAGACCCAAAUGCAAAGACGAUCAAGACUGGGUUUGAGUCACAGUGGAAACGAGCGUAUACGUGGAGAACUGUCGUUUUGGGGAUUCUAAAGAGGCUGCCGAAGAAUGACCCAGGGCGCAAAGUCCAUGUUUCCAAGAUACCACCAAAGCCAGAGCUGAAGAAGGUCGAGAAGAAGGCCGAGCCUCUGGUUGUGGAGCUGGACAGCGAGGAUGAGAAGCCGGUUGCGAAGCCCAGCGAGCCUGCGCCGGGAAGUGUACCCGAUGAGAAGCUCAAGCUUCGUACCGACUUUUACCAGUCCAACCAAAACGUAACAGUUUCACUGUUUGUCAAGGGUACGAAGAAGGAAGAGCUUAACGUCAAGUUCUCGAAGAACCAGGUUCAAAUAUCACCAAUUGCUCGCGCCGCGGCCCCAUACGUAAAGCCUGGCGACCGCGAGGCUUCCUCGACCUUGCACCUGAGCGGCGAGAUCAAUCCCGCUGGUUCUCGUUGGACCGCCACCCCAUCGAAGAUUGAGCUCGUUUUGCAGAAAGCUACACCAGGGAAGUGGGGCUCGUGGGGCAAAGAGGAAAUCGGCAUCGUAGAGAAUGCGGAUCAAGAAGAGGAUAUUGAAGAGGUCACCCCUUCUUCAUCCAACCAGGCUUCGGCUCCUGCUGUCAAGCCUGCCGCUGCUCCAGCCUACCCCACCAGCAGCCGGACCGGACCUAAGAACUGGGACAAGCUGGAGGAGCUGGAAGGGGUCGAGGACACUGAGAGCGAUGUCAAUGCCUUCUUCAAGAAGCUUUACAAGGACGCCUCCCCUGAGCAGCAACGCGCCAUGAUGAAGAGUUUUACUGAGAGUAAUGGGACAGCUCUCAGCACGGACUGGAGCGAUGUGAAGGGGAGGAAGGUGGAGACGGUGCCGCCUGAGGGUGUCGAGGUCAAGAAGUGGGAUAGCUGA